UCUGUUAGUCUUCUGCCGCUAGGGGGCGCAUGUGAGCUCACGAACGUCCUUUUCCGAUUUUAUAAACAGAGAAAAUGUAAAAAUUUAACCAAGGGGCCUUCUGUUCUGGCAGGAUGGCUAAAUGCACCAAGAAGGUCGGGAUCAUCGGGAAAUACGGGACCUGCUAUGGCGCCUCCCUCCGAAAAAUGGUGAAGAAAAUUGAAAUCAGCCAGCAUGUCAAUUACACUUGCUUCUUCUGUGGCAAGACCAAGAUGAAGAGAGCCAUUGACAUCUGGCACUGUGGUUCCUGCAUGAAAAUAGUGGCUGGUGGGGCCUGGACCACUUCUGCCGUCACAGUGAAGUCUGCCAUCAGAAGACUCAAGGAACUGAAAGACCAGUAG